AAAAAAAAAAAAAAAAAGGAGCCAGGAGGUGUUGUUAGCUUAUCGUUGACCGCCGAUUCAAUUGAAGGAAAUGGGUGUCAAAACGAAUCGUUACCAGGAGUCUUGACAAUGCGGACUCGGUUGGAACGAGUGUUGUAGGAGAGACGGCGUCUGUAGGUGAGACGUUGAGCCAUUGCGAUGAUUCUGUUUUAUAGGUCAAUUAAAAUGGGUCGAAAUCGAGGACAUGGUAACGAUGGUGAAUAUGGAGGUUGAACGAUGAUGGUGACGGUACGAUGAAAAAGAUGGAUAGAAAUUUAGAGAAAGGUCAUUAUUAGUAUUCUUCAUCCGCUGACUUUUUUCGUCGUAUCUAUGGAUACGGAUAUCCAUCUUCUUUAUGAUGGAUGUAUACAUACCCUAUGGAUGUGGGAAAAGAAGGGUCUUCACUCAGGUGGCUCGGUGUUCCAUUUUGGAAGCGAGCCUCACAGCGAAACAGGCCUUCCUCGCUCACGCAAAGUCACGUGCUUACACCGGACAAUCCGGCGGAGACUCAAAUUUAAUCGAUAUGCCUGCUUUCCCCCCUCCCAUGCGGCGCAGUCCAUUUCACGGAACUCCACACAAACGUUGCUGUUUCCAGUGAUAGCGGUCUAUGAAAGUAUCUCAAAAUACAAGUCGUCCUAUAUAAAAC